AUUGUCACUUCUCGCGAGAACGUGUUGCGCCACUUAAACGAGACUUACCAAAGUUUUACCGGGAAAAUCGUGAUCACAGCUUCAACACCAAGCACCUUGUAUAUUUACGUCUGUCUCCUCUCUUUUGCAUCCUUAUUUAGUCGAUCCGUAACUAUAUUUUUUUAAAUAUAACAUGGACGGAGGCAACAAGGAAAAAUCAAACCUUCCAUGGAUUGAAAAAUACCGCCCCCAAAACCUUGAGGAAUUGAUUUCUCAUAAUGACAUUAUUAAUACAAUCAAGAAAUUUGUCAAUGAAGAUCGUCUACCUCAUUUACUUUUUUAUGGUCCUCCUGGUACAGGAAAAACCAGCACUAUCCUUGCAGUUGCCAAACAGAUUUAUUCCCCUAAGGAGUUCAAUUCAAUGGUCCUUGAGUUGAAUGCCUCUGAUGACCGUGGUAUCGGAAUUGUGCGAGAAAAUAUUCUAAGUUUUGCCAGUACAAGAACAAUUUUCAAGUCAGGCUUUAAGUUGGUCAUUUUAGAUGAAGCAGAUGCCAUGACACGAGAUGCUCAGAACGCACUUAGAAGAGUUAUCGAGAAAUUCACAGAGAACACCAGAUUUUGCAUCAUAUGUAACUACCUAUCCAAGAUUAUUCCAGCAUUGCAGUCACGUUGCACACGCUUUCGGUUUGCUCCUCUUUCCACAGACCAAAUGAUGCCACGUUUAGAAUACGUCAUUAAACAAGAAGGGGUGAAUGUGACCCAGGAUGGCAUGAAAGCUAUUGUUACUUUGGCAUGUGGUGAUAUGAGGCGUUCUCUCAAUAUGCUUCAGAGUGCUUCAAUGGCUUUUGAUAAAGUGACAGAAGAUAACGUUUAUUUAUGUGUUGGACAUCCUCUCCGUAAAGACAUUGAAAAUAUUGUCCAGUGGCUGUUAAACUCCAGUUUCACAGAAGCUUAUAAAAAUAUUCUCCAGUUGAAGGUUGCCAAAGGUUUGGCUCUCCAAGACAUUCUCACCGAAGUUCACGUUUACGUACAUCGAAGUAAGAAUUAUUUCAUUUUCUUUCAUUAUUAUUAUUAUUUGAUAUUUUCCUCAUUUUUGUCAUUGAAUUUUUUUUUUUUCAAUUAACAAAGCUGACUGCAUCUUUAGAUAUUUGGC